CUUCCAACAAACAUCCGGGAUAGUUUAGGUACUUAAUACAGUACACUAAUGUGAUAUUGUAUUAUAACAGAGGGGAUGUCUUACUACGCGCACACCAUUGGUUUCCUUUUGCUACUUGCCCAUGUAGGGAUGGGCCAAGAGAGCGAUAAGGAUGUUGAUCUGAGAUUUCUCAACAUGUCAUCGAGUUAUCUUAUUGGACAACUGAACAGAGAUGAGCUCUUUAAUCGUCUUAGCAACGCUGAGGCAGAUACAUCCGCUUACCUUGAUCUUAAACUCGAGAAAGAAGAUAGCAGAGUCCUGAAAAAAUCUCAGAAAAUAAUUCGCCAGAUACUGAAGAAAAUGAAGCGUUUCAAAAGUGAAAUACGGAGCAUUACAAAGCACUUUUCAAUCUUGAAGAGGGUUCUUAGUGAAGUAACUGAUACAAAUGUUUCAAAUGCAUUUGUAAAUACGACAAGAAAUCUUAUUAAAGAUAUAUCAAAUAUAAAUAUGGACAUGAGCGGGGACACAUUCCAAAGGCAAAACGAUGAAAUUAAGAGCCUUCAAUCAACAAUGGUAACUUACAAAUCUGCCUUAGUGAGAGAAUCUGGGCCAGAGAUUGCUGAUGCGAUCGAGAAGGCGAUCAAACUGUUAAAAAGUUUCUCCAAAAGCUAUGCGUUUGUAAAGAAAAAUCUUAGCAAGGUUCGUUUUCCAG